AUGGCCGCCGUCCUCGCGUAUGAAUCUCAUGUGGAGGGCAUUGAUAGCACUGAAUCACUUAUUAUUGAUCUACCAACAAUACGGAUUGCCACAGAUAACUUUGCCGAAGAUCAUAAGCUUGGUGAAGGAGGAUUUGGUGCAGUUUACAAGGGCUCCCUUCCUGAUGGUCAAGAUAUAGCUGUGAAACGCCUCUCUCGGUUUUCUCAACAAGGAAUAGGGGAACUAAAAAAUGAGCUAGUCUUAAUUUCCAAUCUGCAGCACAAAAACCUUGUGAGACUUAUUGGUGUCUGCUUGCAAGAGGAUGAGAAGCUUCUUGUCUACGAGUACAUGCCAAACAAAAGUCUGGACACGUUUCUUUUUGAUUCCGAGAAACGCAAAGAGUUACAUUGGGGGAGGAGACUCAUGAUAAUAGAUGGAAUUGCUCGUGGAUUGCAAUAUCUACAUGAAGAUUCUCUAUUGAAGAUAGUCCACCGGGAUCUAAAGGCAAGUAACAUUCUAUUGGAUGCAAACAUGAAUCCAAAAAUUUCAGACUUUGGCUUGGCAAAGCUUUUUGGAGGGGAUCAAUCACAAGACAUCACAAAUCGAGUUGUUGGAACAUAUGGAUACAUGGCACCAGAAUACGCUCUACGGGGGCGGUAUUCUAUAAAAUCAGACAUAUAUAGCUUUGGUGUGUUGAUUUUGGAGAUACUCACCGGAAGGAAAAAUAGUGACACCUACAAUUCUGACCAACUUAUUGAUCUGCCAAGUCUGGUAUGGGAAUACUGGACAAUGAAAUCAAUUAUGGAGAUGAUUGACCCUUACUUGAGAGGCGAUUCCUCGCAGGAAGAGAUUUUGAGGUGCGUUCACAUUGGACUAUCAUGCGUUCAGGAAGACCCUGCUGAGAGGCCAACUAUAUGGACGAUCAAUGUCAUGCUGGAUAGCAACACAAUCCCGUCCCACCCACCAUCCAAGCCAGCAUUCUACGUAGAAAUGGGUGCAAACUUUGUCUCAGAAGGUAUCAAUGAUUCAACGCCCAAGUCGAACGCGGCGUCACUGAAUGAGCUAUCAAUAACAGAUCCAGAACCAAGAUAAGUUUGGAAAAAAUGAACCAGAACAAGUUUCCUAUUUCUGUUCUAGGGAAACCAAAAUGUUGUUCGUUUCUUGAGUUAGACAAUGUUAUUAGUGUGUAUGUAUUUUAGUACGGUUUAACUUAUGUAUGUGUUUGUACAAGCUAUAAGAUGGAUCACUCUUCUCUACUGCCUAGAGGGGCAUUGUAUUGUAAUAAUUCAGUAACCAACAUAGAAUUCA